GGUGUGGUGGCCUUUGGUUUACAUAAAGUAACAAAAACAAAUCCGCAUAAGUUUAGAAUUCUUUUAUUCUAUGUAAAUGAGAUUACUUCGACUUUAUAAUUCAUGGUGUGAGUAUAAUCGCUUCAGUGUUAAACUAGAUGGUGGUAGUGUUGUAAGGAUGGAUACGUGUUUCGCUUUGAUGCUUUUGGCGUCCGCAGCUAGUGGAACUUCUCUUAAAGAUGAAUACUCUUCAAUGCCUCCUCUGUUCCAACUUGAUGACUACGAUACGUGUCUCGUUAAAAAUGGAGUUUUCUGUCUCGGCUCCUUUCAACUCACUAUUCCUAAAGACAAUGGGUUGACCUCCAUAGACAGCCCGAAAAACUUUGGCUACUCAUAUAUAGACUACAGGGGCAAGAAACUCUAUGAUAUCCUCCAGGCUAACUCCAAUGAGAAACUUCGCUUCAAUCAUACACUAAUCCAUCGCGGGCUAUGCUCAAGCUUGACCUGUUUUGGCAGGGCCGAUGGCCAUCUAUCCAACCGAAAGCAAUUCCAGCAGUGUGUUAACGAUAUUACCAGGUCUCAAUAUGGGUUAGACGCGACCCUGAUCCGCCUGGAUUACUGCAAGAGCGCGCAGACACCGCGACGCGUGCCGCCUGAUGUCGCCGACCAGGGAUUUUUCGCACUAUGCGCCGCCCUCCUUGUGGCCAAUCUUCUUGGAACUUUUUAUGACCUCUUCAGGAAUAAAGAUAAAAAAGACAACCAGCUGCUCUUAUCAUGGUCUAUCAUCAACAACUUCAAGAAGCUUAUUCACGUUUACCCCAACGAGGACACUCUUGUAUCCCGGUUCAACCCCAUACAUGGCAUCAAAUCCGUUACUCUUAUCGUGGUGAUCUUCGCUCAUUCGGUGACUGUUUCACACAUUAGCUACUUGCACAAUCCGGACUUUUUGGAAACACAACGGCAGAACCCACUGGCUUUGAUUUUUACGAAUGGCAGCAUCGCUGUGCAGGGCUAUAUAUUGCUAUCCAGCUUUCUCUUCAUCCACAACUUCCAAUUGAUGGAAUCACGUCACAAGAUCUCAAGCAUUCAACUUUUCUUCAUUAUGCUUCUACGAAGAAUGACCAGAAUAUUACCUGUAUACAUGUUCAUGGUGUAUUUCACGGCAACGUGGAGCCGAUUUCUGGGUGACGGUCCACUAUGGAUCCCGAUCAUGGAUAAGGAGGCUCAACUCUGCCGGCUCAAGUGGUGGUCUCACGCACUCUUCAUACACAACCUUUAUCGCCCUAACGAUCGUUGUCUACUGCAAACAUGGUUUGUUGCAGUGGAUAUGCAGCUGUAUGCAUUAGCUAUUCUACUGGCAUUAGUGCUAAGCCAACGGAGGAGAGCCGCUAUUAAAACGCUUCUGGUUAUGUUCGUUGUCGCCGUUCUGUGUAUUUUCGUUGCUGCUUAUACAUACAACUUAAAUGCUAUGUUUUUCAUCUCGACCCCUGAAUAUGUGAGGAAAUUGUUCCACGGAGAACCGUCUUUUAACUGGUUGUAUUCCGCCCCUUGGGGAAGUUUGCCCGCCUCAUUGCUAGGCGUGAUGCUCGGAUUCCUAUAUUACAAUCUACGGGAAGACAAAAUCAAUUUGCAAAACUACCGAUGGUUCCGAGUACUAUACCGUAUCUCCAUAGUCGGCAUUUUUGCGUGGAUGCUAAGCGCGUAUCUGCUGCCGCAAAAGCCGUCUUACCUUCUCACUACGGUCUAUGCAGCUAUUGACAGACCUAUCUACGCCAUAUUCUUUAGUGUUAUAUUGUUGGGCUCUAUAUAUCGGAUUGAUCAAUUAUGGUGGCGCUUUAUGUCGUGGAGUGGUUGGCAGGUAUUCGGCCGUAUGACACUUUGUAUCUAUAUGAUUCAUUGGAGUUUUAACUUGCUGCAGAUAGCCUUACAGACCAAUACCAAUGAAAUGUCCUUCUUUAAAAUUGGCGGACACUGGUUUGUUACAAUAUUUAUGACCUGCAUUACUUCAAUCCCGCUACACAUUAUGGUGGAAAAACCGAUUCAAAUGUUUUUGCGAGCAUCUUUAAAUAUUUAAUCAGAUUCGGAUUGUACAAAGCUUUAGUACAGUAUUUAGUUAUAAAACAUGAAUUCCGGAAACGGAAGCAGAAAAAAGUUCAAAGAGUUUGUGUAGAUUUAACUUCUAUAAUUAUAAGUGUAAUAUAGCAUAUUUUGUAUAAUCUAUAUAAAUAAAAAUGAAUCGUAGAAUGGUUUGCUAAGCGCAAAAUUCGAAGGCGGCUGGAUUCGAGUAUUAUAUAGUAUUUGGUGUAGACACGUUUGCCGGUGGUGUUCUAAAGUUAAAAAUAAUAAAUGGCUCCAAUAUUAGUCUUCCCUCCAACUUCGACUUUGUUUCCUUUAGAGUAGAGACUCUUGGGCCGUGGGGUUCAAGUGCACAGGCGCUAAUAUUAAGAUUUAAGUUGACUCCUGGUAAAUAGUACCGGUAACCCCAGAGCUGGUGCUUUCCUCGCUCAACGAAUAAGUAUCGCAAUAUAGCGAGGAAAUGCUGCCAGCGUUAAAGGUACACUGCCACGGGGACCAAAUUUUUAAAUUUUCUUUUUAUUAAUUUUUAAUUAUUUUUAUUAUUACUAUGUAGGUUAAGAAAAUUGUAACCGAAAUAACAUUGUUAGACAUGAGAAGUUUUCAUAUGUAGCCCAUACAACACACUAACAAGUAGCUAACACUUUAUAGUUUUAGCCUAAUCACUUGGUCUUUAAGUCGUAAACUACUUAAAUACCAAAGGGAAUCCAGUCAUCAAUCCAGAAAUGUAGAGCCUUUGUAGAUAAUUGUAACCAAAGCACAAUAAGGCCAUCUGAGCCGAACCACUGAAUAACAUACUUUAAAGGCAAGUGGUUAGAUAAUGAAGGUGAAUUUAUUAAUAAAUAAUACUUAUAAUUAA